AAAAUGAGUAAAAAUAACAAAGUUGUCUGGACCGAUGAGAUUUUGUUUUUUAUAAUAAAACAUGUGAAAGUGGCGCCGUUCGUUUGGGACCACUCCCAUCCACAAUUUGCAUAUAAAUCAAAAAAGGCAAAAUUCUGGUCACUGCUAGCAGAAAAAGUCAAUGCCUACGGUGGAUUUUUUUCAGCCACACCAAUUACAAAGGAGGCAUUGCAAAAGAAAUGGACAAACAUGAAAACAUACUAUUUGUUCGAGGAGAGCAAAUCAAGGAGAAUCGGAGCAGAUGCAGAUAAUUUCAGUACCACCUGGAAAUUUAGGUCAACAUUAUCGUUCUUAAGUUCAGCUCUGGACACACCAGCAUCUCGACCACAGCAACAACCAAUAACAUCGGAAGUUAGCACAUGUGGCGGCACAAUUCUACCUCCCAACCCAAGUGAGAGUAGUUUUGAUCUAUCCGAAGAUGAUCCACUUGCUACACAGGACUGCCUGCCACCAAAUAUUACGAUAAAAACAGAGGAACCGUCAGCCGAAGAUCCGCCAGCGUUAAGUGAGCAUGAGAAUGAAGAGGAAGAAGAAGAACCAUUGUCACCUGUUAGAAAAAGACCAAAAGAGGCCCCAAUCAUGGAAGUGCGAACACCUAGGAAAGCACACAAAUCAUAUUUUUAUCAUUAUGGCAUGACUGUUGCUCAGGAUUUGGAUCAAUUGGAUGAGGAUUACAAAAUAGAUGCUAAACUGGAAAUAAUGCAAAUUAUUGCCAAAUACAAAAGAGAACAAUUUUUGAAUCAAACCGACAGUUAA